GUUGGUUCAAAUGUAUUGAUUCCCGCAUUCAUUCCAUUCAAAAUGUCACCAACUCACCUAUUACUAGCAUUUUUCUAUAAAUUUUCAUCACUUAUUACUAAUCUAAUUAUUCUAUUCAUCGCAUUUUUCAUUUUCCUUUACUUUUUAAUUUUCGAUGGGGAAAAUCAGAAAAUUGAAGUGAAUAGAAGAAGAAUCCUGUGCAAUGUUAAUGGAUACCAAUACAUCGGGAGCAAUCCUAUCACAAUCAAUGGGACAAUUCAAUAUCUGAAAAUCAAUUUCAUUGAAUUUUCCAUUCAGUUAUCUACGUGGUCUUCAAAUGUGCAAUUGAAUAAUUGGAGAGAUUUUAUGAAUUUGAAGUAUGUGAAACCCAGGGAUAAUUCAACUGACGAAUCGAAGACCAAGAUGACAAUUUCACCAGUUAAUUCUCCAAAAAAGAAGCCAAUGUAUUCAAUGCUGCACUCAUUACAGGAGAACCUCUUGAUUAAUAGAACUUUCCAAAAUUAUAACUUAAGUUAUAAUUGAAUUAUAAUUUUAAAAAUUGUCAAGAUUUAAUAUUGUAAGUAUUUAUUUGUGUACAAUAAAUGUUUGGAAUAUUU